CCCAAACGUUCCCGGCCAAACUUAUAUACAGUAUUUGGGACUUUCUUUCUUUCCCACCAAGCUAAGCGUAACGUAGAAUCAUCAUAUCCAUCAAUGGAUACCCCAUCAUCAUCAUCUGAGACCAUUAUCAUGGCUGCCCUCUCAAGUUUAUCACCCUCCGUCCUCUUCCAUCUCACCCACCACCUCACCGCCAUCUUCCGCUACCAUAACCGCCGCGUCUCCGCCCUCCUCUCCUCCCCAACCCUCUUCUCCCUCACUCUCCACCACCUCCACACCCUCUCCCUCCACCAAAAAUCCCUCCUCAUCUCCCGCCACCUCCUCUCAAACCUCUCUCUCUUGGCGUGCCACGCUCAACAUCAACACCCCCGCCUGCUCCUCCCGCCUCCGCGCUCCGCCACCUCCAUGAAUCUCCGCGACAUCGACGCCGUCCUUCUUCUCCUCCUCCUCUGCGAGCUCCACCAGAGCGAUGGAGAGGCGCUGGACGCCCCUCCAUCGCGGUGGCGUGAAGCGCUUUGUCGUCAUGCGACGAAGAGCGCGUUAAAGCUGUCCAAAAUGGGAGUCUCCACCGUCGAAGUGAUAGUCGAGUAUGUAGAGCUGGUGGUGAAGUGCAUGAACUUUGUGAACGCGAUGGGUUGCAGCGGCGGAGGCGAUGAUAGCGGAAAGGAGGGGAGAGACGUGGCGGCUUCAGUGGCGGCGGUGGUGGCGCUGCCGUCGGUGGAAGUGAGGGAUAGGGGGCGGGAGUGCGUGAUAUGUAAAGAGGAGAUGAGGGAAGGAAGAGAUGUGUGUGAGUUGCCAUGUCAGCAUUUGUUUCAUUGGAUCUGUAUUUUGCCUUGGCUUCACAAGAAGAACACGUGCCCCUGUUGCCGGUUUGAGCUUCCCAGCGACGACGUUUCAGGCGAGAUCCAACGGCUGUGGCAGAUCCUUGCUAAGAUGAGCACUUGAUCGAGAUGCGGCAAAGCUUAUUAAUAUAAUUAGCUGUUUUAAUAUAAACAUUCAGCUAGCCUAAAAAAUGAUCCCUUAAUUAAUUCCAUCACCUGUUUUAAUUGGCAGCUUUGUUUGAAAUUUAGGAGCUAGUGUCCCCCAACUUUGAUUUAGUCAAUCGAUUCACGACUAAAAUUAAACAGCGGCGAAGUUCAUAAGUAGGAAUGUUCUCAAAAUAUAACAUAUUUGGUCCUAUAUUAAAUGCACAAAAGUUCC